AUGCUGAUCCGUCUGUGUCCUCAUCAGGUGCGAUAUGGACAAGAAGGACAAGCCUAAGGCAGGGGCCGCUGCUCGGACUCUGGCCUCCCGCCCACCCAACCUGCAGAGCCCCAGGCCCCCGGGGCCUCCUCGGCCCCUUCCCCCAGUAACCAGCGCGGCCCUCCGAGUUCUGGGCGCAGCGAGAGCUGCGGGGAGAGGGCCCCUGGCGGAGGCGGCCGUGGGCACCAGGGGAGCUGCUGUUCCGGAGGCUGCUUCCCGGGUGCGACCACCGCGGAGCGUUGGCACAGCCCCCCAGAGCCCAGCCUCCAGGCCCCCGGUAGCCGGGAGAGGCGAGAGGGCCACUGUCAAGACGCCCCGCCUGGGCUCUAUCCCAGGGCGCGCCAGUGGCGCCACCAGGCAAGGCCCUGUUGGGCAGAAGGGGGUCUUGUCCUCAGCUGAGGAACCUGUGGCCAAAGGAAAAGCCACAGAAGCGCAGAAACGGAGUGUUCUGAGCACCGGGGCACGGAGAGACUCUUCCGGGCCCAGCCCAGGUGCCCCGUCCUCAGCCACCUCCCGUCGGGCCCGGGCUGCGGGUGCUGAGGCGGGUCUCCCUCGGGCAGCUGCGAGUGCCGGCUCUCGGCCCCCGACAGAAAUCCCCAGGAAAUUCGUGAGCAGCGCCCCAGAGCGCAGCACCCCGGAGCCGAGCCCCUCCGCCAGGAGGCGCCCCAGCGCCGGCGGGGGCCUCCAGAGGCCAGCCUCGCGCCCCCUGGGCUCCGGCGCGACCCCUCAGUCCUCCCCAGCUCGCUCCGGACCCUCGCCCGGUGGAACACCCCGCACUCCGGGACACCCGUCCCAGCCCAAGUCGAAGGGGCUGCAGGCUUUGCGCCCCCCGCAGACCACACCGCCGAGGAGGGGCGCAGUCCCGGCGCCGGGCCCGCCCCCCCCGGCCACACCCCCUCCACCUGCUCGGCCCGCCCCGCCCGCCCUGCCCCACCGGGUCGCGGCCACGCCCCUGCCGGCCACGCUCCCCCCCUCCCCGCCGACGACGCCCCCCGCCCAGGCCCUGCCCUGCGCUCUGGCCGCGCCCCUCCCGCUGGCCCCUGCGCCCCCGCCCGCGGCCCCGGCCGUGCAGACCCUCCCCUCCCCGCCGGCCACGCCCCCCCCGCUCGCCCCCCCCGCACCCCUGGGGCCCGCCUCGCCCGGGGGCGCUGGUUCCCCCCCGGCCGCGGCCACGUUUCCGGCCCCACUCCCCGCGUCAGCUCCACCCCCCCAGGCUGCCCGGGCUUUGCCCCCUCUCCCGACUCUCCCCUCGCGCUUCGCCGCGCCCCCCUUGUCGGCGGGCGCUGCCGCCCCUGGCGCCGCCCCCUGCGCUGGCCCUGCCCUCCCCCCCGCCUCCCCGCCCUCGCAGGCCCCACGCCGCCCCCCGACCCCGGGCCCCGAUGCCCCCAUCCCCGGCCCGCGGCUGACCCUGGCGCUGGCCCCCGCCCCGCCGCCGCCGCCCUCGCGCAGCCCGUCCAGCACGCUGAGCGGCCCGGACCUGGCGGGCCACAGCAGCAGCGCCACGAGCACCCCCGAGGAGCUGCGCGGCUACGACAGCGGGCCCGAGGGCGGCGCCGCGGCCUCCCCGCCCGCCGACGCGGAGCUCGCCGCCUGCCACCCGGCCGCCUGGAGCCGAGGCCCCGCUCCGCCGCUGGCUGUCCGCGGCGCCCCAGGGGCGCCGCUGACUUGGCCUCCUGCCGCCGGAUCGGGCUCGGCUGACGGGCUGUGCACCAUCUACGAGACCGAAGGGCCCGAGGCGGCGACCCCCACCCCGGGCGCGCUGGAUCCGGGGCCCGGGCCGGGCGCGGGCGGGGGGAAGGCGGGGGCCGGCGCGGGGGCGGGCGCCGCCUCGCGGGGCGCGAAGCCGGCGCGCCUGGGCGAGCUGCCGCUGGGGGCGCUGCAGGCGAGCGUCGUGCAGCACCUGCUGAGCCGCUCGCUGCUGCUGGCGGCGGCCGAGGGCGCCGCGGGCGGCGGCCCGGGGGACGUCGGGGGUGUGGGCGUGGCGGGGAGCGUUCGCACCGCGCUCAGCGAUGCCGAGCUGGGCCGCUGGGCCGAACUGUUGUCCCCCUUGGACGAGUCCCGCGCCAGCAUCACCUCGGUCACCAGCUUCUCCCCGGACGACGUGGCGUCCCCGCAGGGAGACUGGACCGUGGUGGAGGUGGAGACCUUCCACUGAGCCGGCUCCUCGGCGCCUCGCUCCGCCCCUCCCCCAGCCCUGCCUCUGGACCCGCCCUCCCUGCCCUCGCCGGCAGCCCCUCCCCAGCCCCGCUCUGGCGCCCUGGUUAGUGUCCCAGAGCCCCAGGUGUCUCGCCGGGGUUUGCGACCCUCCACAGUUUUGGACGCGUCUUCUCUCCAGCCCCUCCCGCUCCCUGAGGCCCGCCCCGUGUCUCGUACUGUCUCCGCGCGAAGCCGAGUUUGCAAUAAAGCCGGGACGCUGGCGCCUGUGCGCCCUCUGGUCUC